AUGGAAUCUCAGGACGGUAUCGAUGUCCGCCCUAUGAGGCUGAAAGUUCUUUAUACAUUCGACAACGAAAAUAAGACAAAUUGCCUUGCUCGGUGGCCACACGUGCUCGACAUCCAAACCGCCUUUCUAGACGAGAACACCCCGGUUGGAGUGAUCGAGUUGAAAACAUGCAUCCAGGCGAUCGUCUCUGCUAGCCCGGAGCUUGUGGGUCAGUUAGGAAAGGAUUAUACCGUCUAUGCCUACGACUAUUCCGAAUUCGAAACCCCUCUUGUCGGGCAAGGCAUGCUUUCUGGAGUGCUGGCCACCUUUUCAUCGACAUCCGAGACGCCCAACAGCAUGUCGAAGACCAUGAUUACUGGUCGAGUUUGCAAGAGCCCUCUCAGUGGUCUCUUCUCUAAAGGUGCCCAAGAGACGUUGGAGGUCAAAUUACGGCUGGUGCCUGUCCCAACCGUUACUCAGAGUGAGUACUUCACCAGCAUGCAGAAGCAUCAGAAGUUGACCAAUGACAAUUCAGGCGACUUUGACACGCAAUCAUGGACAAAUUUUGUUCGUCAAAACCCCGCCCUUCUGGAAUCCUCGAGAAGCCAGAGCCACAACGACAACGCCGGAUCACCAAUACAUCAAUCUGGGAUUGAGAGGUUCCACCAGCUCUUGAGUGAAGGCUCCACGCCACGGGAGUUCGCUACAUUCCACCACAAUGGAUCGGUUCGCUCGGUAUCGCCUUCGCACUCAUACGCUGGCAGUCGAGUGUCAACACCUGGUGGAUGUCGAACACCAGCUCAUCAUCAAUCUUACCCCAAGCAGAGCAUUCCCCAUAGUGAUAUGAUUCGUCCGUCCUCGAGCGCCUCUAUGCGGGAUUGCGACACCCAGACACAGCUUUCACACGUCUCACAAAACAACCUUCGAAGAGGGUCCAUUCAGUCAGGAUACGGCAGUGGUGAUGAAGAAUCAACGGAGGCACCAGCCCGGAAGAGGGCCAAGGUGUAUCAAGCAAACUGGCCCGGAAAGUCAGGUAUGAACAUCGAAAGACAACCCAGUUCGCUUCGAGUUGCAGCCAGCACGGCGGCCUCUGUACGAAUCCACCGCCCAACCCCCGUGAACCCUGCUCUCGCGGCCGAACAUGCCCACGAAGAGCCCGUCCGUCCACCCACCCCAAUAUCUCAACCGUCUGAUUUCCCCCGUCGAAGCCGACCCACGGGUAGCUUGUUGCGGGAGUCGUCAAGCAUGAGCAUUGCCUCGUGUCCUCCUUCGUACAAUUCUCCAUACUGCAUGAGCGAUGACGUCCCUACCACAGAUGCUGGCGGUCCCUCUCCUGAGGAUACUCGCUACCAAGGUCUCUUUGAGCCGUCUUUCAACAUGCCAUCAUCACCUCCAGUUUUCGAUAGCCGGGUACCAAAUAGAUCAAGCCCUGUCUUGCCUACCAUGUCUCUGGACAACGACUCCGGCUUCAUGAGUGCAGGACCGGAUGAAACCAUGGACGAUGAAACCGUUAUUCCCCUAGAUGACCCCAGAAUGGAAGUGUCUCGUGGGAUAACCCGAGACAAGUGCUCUGUUCGGGCUCCCGUGCAGGCGAGCUCUCCAGUCAGCAUUGUCAGCGCUGCCCAGGGAACCAACAAUGAUCCUCUCCCCGUCGAUGACAAUCCAACGGAGCAGGUUGCAAAGCAGACGCCGCGUCCAAUAUCUCGUGCUCCCCCCUCUCGCCCCGCUCAAUCCGUUCCCACGUCCCGUCCCGCCACAGCUACUACAUCGAGACCUUCUUCGAGACCUUCAUCUAGCUCUGGCGCACAACGCUUGGCACCAAAGCCCCUCGCGCCGGCGCCAUAUAUCUUCAGCAAUGAAGUUCCCCAAAUGUUUCGCGCAAUCCCCGCUAGCGACCCCAUUAUUCCUCCGCGCUCUGCUGUGCCUGUGGAUGUCACUUUCAUGCCGUGUGAGACAGCUAAUUCCAAUUCCAAGCAGCCGAAACAAUCUUCGAAGUCAAAGUCAUUGCCAAAGCAGGGAUCCAAGGCGGUGCCGAAGAACAUAAAGGCACGCCUGGACAAUGCUAUUCUCAACGGGUUGAUUCCGCCGUAUUGCGAGAAUUGCGGCUCUAUCGAAACCGCUAGCUGGCGGCGAGCGUGGGUGAAAACGCUUAAGGGCGGCGAGAGCCUUGCAGAAGAGAUGAUGAAGUCUUCCCCCAUGCUCUAUUGGGAGGCCGUGGACCGAAACGACAAGGGUGAAGUCCAAAGUUUCAAGAUCUACAAAAAGGCUCUCGAGCAGGACGAUAAUGAUUGGGACCAGAUGACCUUCUGCAAUCCUUGUGGCUUGUGGCUCCACAAAUUCAAACAAAUGCGCCCCGAAGACAAAUGGACCAAGCCAGGAGCAGCAAAGCCGGCCAACAAAAAGAACAAAAAGCGCCCUUCGAGGAACCGCGCAGAGGGCCAGGCCAAGUCCUGCCCUGCUGCCAGAACUCGGAGCAAGGCUGCACCAAAGAAGCCUUCGGCUUCCUCUCCAGCACCCACUGAAGCGUCUUCGGUCCAUCCCGAUGGGGAGACUCCCCAAAUGGACCAUGACGAUGAUGAUGAUCAGGACGGCGAAGCGGAUUAUUCUCCCAACGAGUCUCCUCGAGCCACCAGUGCCGAGUCGGAAGGGACGUUUGAUACCCCAGGACGCCGUUGGUCCAAGGAGGACGCCAGAGAGGUACUGGCGCGCGCCACUAAGUCUAGCCCAGCGAGCCGUAUGCAAGCCCGCUCUGCUCCAGUGACAGAUGCCAACAGUCCCACCCCCAAGCCUUUGAGGAGGUCACUUUUCCAGAAUUCCCAGAAUGAAGGGCCUCUGAAGGAGCUUGAUUCUUCUAUGGUGAACAACUGCUCUCCGCGUCGCAGCCCUCGCAUUGCCUCCACAAAGGAUGACAAGCCGGGUCAGCAGAAGGAGAACCUUGCACCCACUCCGGUUGAUGACCUCGAUGAUCUGUUCGAAAGCCCCUCUAUUGGAUUUGAUUCAGCAAGCCCUACUCCUCGUCGACGGAACCCGCGGAUCAAUGCGAUUGACAAGCGUUUGUCUUUCCCCGCAAACUCCCCAAGCCUCAACAAACGCAAGGACCUGGGCUCGGUUAUGUCUCCAGCUCGACUGUCCGCAGAGCGCCUGCAGCGUAUCCAAUCAAUUCACGGAAGCCCUCGGUCUUCACCACGGCAACAGAAGUCCCCGGCUAAGCAACAGUCUUUGGCACCACAGCCUGUCAACGACAGUCUUCCGGAAACCUUCCAGUCCCUUGAUGGCAUGAUGCUCGACAUAUUCGAUGACGACAAGGCCGAGGCUUUCUUCGAAAUGGAGAACGCCAAGUUCGCUGGUGACAACUGGGCGGAGUGGCUUCCAGCAGACUACGUCUCCCCUGCUGGAUCUUGCGAAACUCCUGCCAACGAGCUGCUCAAUGCUCUCUUCUCGGACAACCCCAAUGAGAAAGACAACUUCAACCCCGAUCUCCUUCCCUUCAAUUUCAACGAUGUUGUCAUUCCCGACUCCGGGUUCUUCAGUUCGGAUGCUCUCAUCACUGACGCACCCAAGAGCCAGCCCGCUGGUGAAGAGCCCGAAGGCCAGUAG